UUUUUUUAAAGCUCUUUUUUUUUUCCUUUGUAGUAAAAUCUGAAUUAUUGCUCAUUUAAAUUCUGUCAUGAAACACCCUUUAAAACUACCUUGUUUCUCAAUAGAAGCUUCUUCGGUUUCAGCUCUCAAACACUAACACCAAGCAUUUUUUAGCCACAGGAUAUGAGUUCUCUCUGCUGGUACCGAGCCAGGACUUCAGUAGUGAACGUUUUGCUCAUGGAGUUUGUGGGUGGGUAGCAGUGAGCUGCACUGCGGAAUGAAAGCUUUGUCUGAAAUGUGGCUAUGACCCAGAUGUGGAGCUGCACACUCUGAAAACCUUAAGAUUUAAGGUCAGCUUGUGGACCUGAUAGGAAUCACACCCAGUAUAGAAAUGAUGCUGUGUACAUUUCAGUAUAUCAGUCCUUACUGCUGCCGCACAAGUGGUUAAAGAGUUUAGAUGAUGCGGAGCACAGUUCCCGCACAAACCUGACACUUGAAAUGAGCUGUUUUAUUCAAGUUUUCAUCUUAAAAGACAGGUUGCAUCAUUCAACAACAAAUGUUAGUCCAACCACAAGUGAAAUGCACAUUUUGUUAUUUAAUACAUCACUUUGAAUACUUAAUAUGAAAAGUAAACAUUGUGUUGCAGUGACGCCAAUAUUUUGUGGAGCAACAAUAUUUCAAAGCUUCCUGUCUUUGUUUGUAGAUGGUAGAUAGGUUGUAAUAGAAGUGGCUUUUUCUUUUUUUUUUUUUUUUACAGAAUUUAACAUUUUCCUGGGUUUGUUAAAACCCGAAUAGAUAAUACAGAUAUGAUUCAUUCAUAAAUGGUAGUUUUCAUGCAAAAAUGUGUGUUGAGUUUAGGGCUCCUGAAAAUAAACAAAUUCAAAAGGAACAUUUUAUUGACAUCCCAGUUAAUCAUCCAUUAUAAACAGCUGGUAGCCGCUGAUCACGGUUAAACUCAUUAGAUGGAUUUUGGUUCAUUUUCCAUAAGGAAAUCUUAGAAGCCUCCGUAAACCCAUCUAUUAAUCCUCUCUUUAAAAGUGCCUGGUUUUAAGGGGCACAGCUGUGUUUCAUUAAGGAGCUGACGUUGCUCCUGUCUAGCUAUAAUAAACAGGUUUUACACACCGAGGCCUGCGUCUCCUAUAAAAGUCAGUGUCUUUUGUUCCUGCAUUCUUCGGAUCCAGCCUCUGCUCGACGCACAAUAACCUGUAGUCCUGCUAAAUCCUUCCGUCAGACGGCAGCACCCCCCAAGAAAAAACCUGCUCACGAGAGUAAUUUGAUGACGCUCCCUGGCACUGGCGAUUUUUCAUUAUAUCGACUCUCCGGCAGAGACCGCGCCUGCGCUCAUGCUUCCUUCCGAGCGAGGCUUCACCAAUCCUGGCUCUGGCUCCAUCCCCGGCUCGGCGUCCCACAGGCCAGUGCUAAUAAGUCGCCUAGCUGCUCAGUAAUGGGGAAGUGAUAGGGAGACGCUGCCCGUCUGAACGCCGUGAGGAAGUUGAGGAGUGAAGGGAAGCUCCGUCCGCCGGACCGGACCCGCUGCACGGAGACGCAUCCUACAGUUGCCGUUGUUGAGUCGCCGAGAAAAGCGCAUAGUGAUGGAGAGAAAGCGUCCCGGCAUGCCGUCCGGAGCCAGGAUGCCCCACCAGGGCGCUCCCAUGGGCCCCCCCGGCCCACCCUACGGCGGCAGCCCCGCGGUGCGGCCCGGCCUGCCCUCCCCGGUGAUGGAGCCCAGUCGGAAGAGGCCCGCUCCCUCCCAGCAGGUCCAGCAGCAGCAGCAGCAGCAGCAGCAGCAACAGCAGCAGCAGCAGGCCGUCCAGAACCGGGCCAGAAAGAAGCCCGUGGGAUUCCCCGGAGCCAGCGAGAUGCCAGCGAGGCAGAUGGACAUGAGAGAGCCCCAAUCAGAUCCCACGCUCGGAUCAAAUGCUAAGAGAAGGAAAAUGGCAGACAAGAUUCUUCCGCAAAGGAUCCGCGAGCUGGUCCCGGAGUCCCAGGCCUACAUGGACCUGCUGGCGUUCGAGCGCAAACUGGACCAGACCAUCAUGCGUAAACGUGUGGAUAUCCAGGAGGCGCUGAAGAGGCCGAUGAAGCAGCAAAAGCGUAAACUGAGGCUUUACAUAUCAAACACCUUCAACCCGGCCAGGCCCGACGCCGACGACUCGGACGGCAGCAUUGCAUCGUGGGAGCUACGCGUGGAGGGGAAGUUGCUGGAUGACCCAGGGAAGCAGAAGAAGAAGUUCUCCUCGUUUUUUAAGAGCCUGGUGAUCGAGCUGGACAAAGACCUGUACGGACCUGACAACCACCUGGUUGAGUGGCACCGCACGCCCACCACCCAGGAGACGGACGGCUUCCAGGUGAAGCGGCCGGGGGACGUGAGCGUGCGCUGCACUCUGCUGCUGAUGCUGGACUACCAGCCUCCCCAGUUUAAGCUGGACCCUCGCCUGGCCCGCCUGCUCGGCAUUCACACUCAGACCCGCUCCUGCAUCAUCCAGGCCCUGUGGCAGUACGUCAAGACCAACAAGCUGCAGGACUCCCAUGACAAAGAGUACAUCAACUGUGACAAGUACUUCCAGCAGAUUUUCGACUGCCCUCGACUGAAGUUCUCUGAGAUCCCCCAGCGUCUCACCAACCUCCUCCUGCCCCCUGACCCCAUCGUCAUCAACCACGUGAUCAGCGUGGACCCCAACGACCAGAAGAAGACGGCCUGCUACGACAUCGACGUGGAGGUGGAGGACCCCCUGAAGAGCCAGAUGAGCAGCUUCCUCCUCUCCACCGCCAACCAGCAGGAAAUCGCCUCACUCGACAACAAGAUUCAUGAGACCAUCGAGUCCAUCAACCAGUUGAAGAUUCAGAGGGACUUCAUGCUCAGUUUCUCCAGAGAUCCCAAGGGGUACAUCCAGGACUGGCUCAAAUCCCAGAGCCGAGACCUUAAGUUAAUGACUGAUGUGGUGGGGAACCCUGAAGAGGAGAGGAGGGCAUCGUUCUACCACGAACCCUGGUCCCAGGAGGCCGUUAGCCGCUAUUUCUACUGCAAGAUCCAGCAGAGGAGACAGGAGCUGGAACAGGCCUUAGCUGUCCGAAACACCUAAACCGAGGCCCUUCUGAAGCUCUGCAGGGUCCUGUGUGUGUGUGUGUGUGUGUGUGUGUGUGUGUGUGUGUGUGUGUGUGUGUGUGUGUGUGUGUGUGUGUGUGUGUGUGUGUGUGAGGCCAUAGCUGCAGUCGAAUGAAACAGUAUACCUCUGUUAAAAAAAGGUUGAUGUGAGAUUAAAAGCUCCGAAUCACAUCACAUCAGCGUCUUUUCAUGCGACUGCAGCGAUGUGCUCACGCAAAAGCCCGGUUCAAUGCACACGCGUGCGUCCGCCGUACGUCACGGACGAGCGUCGUCGCUAACUGCAUGUAUUCAGCUGCGAGGCUGACUCCCAGAGGUCAACCUCUCGGACCACAAACAUCCUCACGCUCAGCAUCACUACUUUAUAAAUAUGUGACUAGCAACCACCCCCAUCAAUUUGUGUCUAGACAAACCAGCCAGCUGCUCACCACUGUUUUCGGACUCUCAUCUCAAAGCGUUUGUGAUCACGUCCGACAGGAAACGAGCCGGCGUCACAGUCAUCGGAGGCGUUUUUUGUGUCUGUGUUCUUUUUUAACAACUCUUUCAAAUUGUUUUGAGUGAUGCUUUUAUUUGUUCUCAUUAGGAGAUGGGCUUUUUUUUAAAGACUUGAUUAAUUACACCAGCAGAGUUGAGAUUACAGUGUGACACUUUGGGUGGUUGCAGGGAAUCAACGCUAUGUAUAAACCAGAGGUGUGGAUUUCAUUCAUUUUUAGGUUUGAACCGUGUCUCGUUCUAGUCGUACUCACCUGUAACGUAUCCGUUCGUUUCCUACAUCAGUGUUAGGUAAGUUCAUUAACAGCUCCAUACGUAGUAUUAGCAAGUUUAGUGACAUCAUGGAGGAGAACAACAAGUAUUCACACCUUAAUAAUACGUUUUUGUACCUUAAUCAUAGUAGAAUAAGUGUUGGACACAUUUACAUCAUCAGUCAUUCACUGCCUCUUCCUUGUGUAGUAUUUUGCCUGUUAAUGUUAUGAAGGUGUUACCAAAGGUUGCAACAAAAAGAAGAGAACAUGAUCACUGAAAUAGAAAUAGACAAAAUUCCAAAACUGGGUUUGAAGGAAAUGGCUAAAAUAACCUUUUCAGGUACCGUAGGUCAAGCUUAACUAAUGCAGCUGUUUUAGUUCAGUCACAGAAUUCCCUUAGUGGCCAAUCAGACUCUUACACACACCCUGAGCUGUUACUGCAAUAAACACGUAGCCCAGGUUUGCAGAGCUUUGUCUGUUUCUACUUGUUUUAUGUUGCAUUUGAUUUUCUAGAGAAGUGAAUGUAAAUAUGUUUUUCCCCUGAAGAGGGCCAACUGUACAGUAUACGACUGACUAUCUGCGUGUGUGUGUGUGUGAGUGUGUGUGUGUGUCUUUUGGGGGAUAAGGGGUGGGUGAUCUGCAUGUGCAGGAUGGGAGCUCCAUGAGUUUUGAAUUAGUAGGGCAGGAAUGUUAGUGUUCCUCUGUGUACUAUCUUGGGUCGGGGUGGUUUAUUUUAGGUCCAUCCCAUAUCUGUCAUGGGAGCCACAAGCUGCAACAAAGAACGACUUCCCUCACUUUAAACCUCGGUAGCUGUAACACAUGAUAUAAUGUGCACCAUUCUCAUUUUAAACUUUUUUAACGACACGUGACCUGUAUGUAUAUGUUGUGAUGUCGGACGAAGGAUUUUUCUCUCAGCAGUCAGUUCCUAGCUGGAGCCUUUGCACUGUGCUGUAACUCAUGGGCGAGACCCUCUUAUUAUCCCAGCAUAUACAAAACGCCAUUGGAUGGUUUCACCAUGGCCUAUGCAUGCUUCACAGACAUGAGUACAUCUGAUGGGACGGUGUGUGUAAAUACAAGAUGGCACGGCGGCGUGUGAGACGGGAACAACUCUCACGUUUGCUGGAACGCCUUCUGGAGACUUAUUUUUGCCAAAAAUGAUACGCCCUACCAGCAACUAACUGUAGGUGUGAGUUUUCCAAUUGUGUUUUUGUUACUAGGACUAAGUUAUGAUAUUAAUUGCACUCGUUAGAGGAGAAAAGUAGUCAUUGGUAGUGUUCUAGAGUCCUGUGUCUGACUUGGGGUGAUGUUUCUUAUGGCCGGGGCCUUCACACGUGGUCACUGAAUCGCUCUCCCCCUCUUGUGGAGGAAACGCGAGGCUGCAGCUCCUGGCUGAGCGGCUGGAUCUGACAAAAUGCUAACGGACUACUGUGUCUAGCCCGCGGCCUGCGUGUGCUGCCGAAGAGGGGGAACUGUUUACGCCGUUGUCAGAGGUUCGACGACUGAAGGAUUGCGGUCGACGGACUGCUGUGUUUCUGUGAAGAGCAACACUUGUUUGGUGAUAACAUUCUGCAAAAAGAGAAAAAAAGGGAAAACAGCUGUGACGUUGCGAGACAGCCUGGAUGUAAAUAAAGAAGCGCUUGCCAAAGUUUGUAAAUGCUACGACA